AUGGCCUGGGAUAGUUCGUUGCUGACUCAUGCAGCUAUAUCUCUUUACAGACAUACACACCUUGCAGAUGUUUGCGGUAAACUCAGGAAGAUCCGAAGAGAUCCUCCACAUCCACAUCCACAUCAGAAUUCACAAUCUUCAAAGUAUCCACAUCCGAAUCCACAAGGUAUCCACACCCGCUUCCACUUCCGAAUCCACACCGCAUCCAAACCCGGAUCCCACAACCGAACACAAAGUAUCCACAUCCGAACCACACACAUCCACAUCCGAAUCCACAUCAUAUACAAAGUAUCCACACAGCAUUUACAUCCGAAUUACACAGUAUCCACAUCCGCAUCCACACAGCAUCCACAUCCGAAUCCACACAGCAUUCACAAAACACCAAACCCGCAAUCCACAUCCGCAUCCCACACAGCAUCCACAUCCAAAUCCAACAGCAUUCACAAAACACCCAAACCCGACAUCCACAUCCGCAUCCACACAGCAUCCACAUCUGCAUCCACAAAGCAUCCACAUCCAAACCACACAGCAUCCACAAAGUAUCCACCUGAACCACACAGCAUCCACAAAGCACCCAAACCCGCAUCCACAUCCAACAUGCACACAGCAUCCACAUCUCAAAGCAUCUACAAGCAUCCACAAGACCACAUCCGCAACCACACAGCAUCCGCACCGCCCACACAGGCACAUCCAAAUCCAAAGCUUAUCCCACCAUCCUUGCACCACAUCCACACAGCAUCACACAAACACCCAACCGCAAUCCACAUCCGCAUCCACACAGCAUCACAUCCAAAUCCACACAGCAUUCCACAAAACACCCAAAACCCGCAUCCACAUCCGCAUCCCACACAGCAUCCACAUCUGCCAUCACAAAGCAUCCACAUCCCAACCACACAGCACCACAAAGCACCCAUCCUUAUCCACAUCUGCAACCACACAGCUCCACAAAGACCCAACCCGAUUCCACAUCCGCAUUCCACACAAGCAUCCAGCCAUCUGCCAUCCACAAAAGCAUUCCACAUCCGCAACCAGCACAGCAUCACACAAGCACACCCCAAAUCCUUAUCCACAUCUGGGGCAACCACAUCAGCAUCCACAAAGCACCCAAACCCGCAAUCCACAUCCGCAUCCACACAGCAAUCCACAUCUGCAUCCACCAAAGCAUCCCCACAUCCGCAAACCAACACAGCAUCCGACAAAGCACCCAAAUCCUUACCACAUCUGCAACACACCCAGCAUCCACAAAGCACCCAAACCCCGGCAUCCACAUCCCGCAUCCACACAGCGAUCCACAUCUGCACAUCACAAAGCUCCAAUCCCCACAUUCCGCCGCAACUACACAGCAUCCACAAAAGCACCCAAAUCCUUAUCCACAAUCCGCAUCCACCUACACCUAAACACCUACAAAAAAUCAGUGGCCAUUUUAUUACCACCGAACCGACCUUCAUUCGCCUGUCCUUCUCGCUCCGCGUUUAA